GCCACUUCUUCCGGAAUAGGAUGUCGUCCGAAAAAGCAGCUGUUGGACGCUUGACUAUGCUGCAACGUUGCAACCUGUGCAAGCAAAAUGACAUCACUUCGAGGGAAAACCUUAUUUUUGGGAAAUUUUAUUCGUAGAAGAUGUGUUAUCGAUUCCAGAGGAACUGUCGUGAAAAACACAAAUAGUUUUCUUUCUCAAAAAGCAGACUUAGGCUUACUAGGCCUAAAUAAACUUCAAGCCAACUUCCAAAAUAGACGUCCAUAUUUUCAAUUUCUCUCUGCAUCAAUUCUGUCAAGUUGUGUGCUUUAUUUUAUUCAGAAAAAACGUUAUACAAGUGCGAAUAUUGACACUUACUUUUGGAAUGAUCUUGGACUAAGACUUGGAAAUGCAUUGAAUCUGAGAGCAGAGUGUGCUCAAAGCCCAGGAAUGAGAGCACGGUUUAAUUUCAUUGCGGACAUAGUGGAACAAGCCCAGCCAGCUGUGGUCUUUUUAGAAGUUGUCAAAGGAAAUGAAAGAUAUGGACUCAAACAAAGGGCUAGUGGAUCAGGAUUUAUCGUGCGCUCGGAUGGUUUGAUCCUGACCAAUGCCCAUGUAGUAGCAGGUGCUUCCCGAGUCCAGGUGUGCCUGAAUGAUGGGGAGAAGGUCCAGGGCGUGGUGCAGGCAGUAGACCAAGUGUGUGAUCUGGCCACAGUCAAAGUACAGAGGAACAACCUGCCAACUCUCCCCCUUGGUAAGAGUUCUGAGGUACGCCCAGGGGAGUGGGUGGUAGCCCUGGGGAGCCCCUUCAACCUCCAGAAGACGGUCACCGCUGGCAUUGUCAGUAACCCAGGUCGGGAGACAAUGGGAAACCUCACCAAGAGUCCACCCAUGAUACAACAUGAUGCUAUCAUCAAUGUUGGAAAUUCAGGUGGUCCUCUAAUCAAUCUAGAUGGUGAAGCCAUUGGAAUCAACACAAUGACCUUGACCUCAGGAAUUUCAUUUGCCCUUCCAGCAGAUUUAGCAGUGGACUUUCUGAACAGGGCCAAAAGAGUUGAGGGGAAAUUUCCUAAACCAGCUCCCAAGAGGCAUUAUGUAGGACUUGGUGUCAUGUCCUUGACCCCUGACCUUCAAAUGAACCUGAAGAAAAUGGCACCAAAUUUUCCAACCAAUGUUGAACAAGGCAUUGUUAUUGGAUCUGUGUAUGUUGGCUCACCUGCCCACCAGGCUGGACUAGUACCCACUGAUGUCAUUACCCAUAUCAACGGUAAGGUCGUGACAUCAACCUCAGACUAUUUCAAGGCCAUUGAGACAGGUGAAAAGAUUACAUUACAGAUUGCACGCAGCACUGGAGUUUUCAAAGUCUCCAUCGUGCCUGAAGAUGUUGAUUGACGGAAGAGUUUGUGUGUGAAACUGUUUACUAAUCGUGUUUAUUUGUUGGUACUGAUGUCACUUCUUACAUUCAGAUAUGCAAAUAUUUAAUUUCAAUUGUGAAAAGGAAUAUAUGAUAUGUUUAUUAAAUUUUGUUAAGAUCUGGUGUCACUGUUAGUGAAAGUUUUUUUAAAAUUUAACAUUGAAUAUA